AUGGGGAACCUGAGAGUUUCAUCAAUACUUUUGCUUUCUCUAGUUGUAGGUUCCAUCAUUGCUGCUUUUGCCAAUAAUUUCCAUCAAGAUGUGGAGAUAACAUGGGGCGGCAGCCAUGCUCAAAUACUUGGUCGACGAGGAAACCUUCUGACGCUUACUAUGGACAAGACCUCAGGAGGGGCCGGUUUUGAGUCCACUAAAGACUUCCUCUUCGGAAGGUUCAACAUGCAAAUGAAGCUCAUUGCUGGUAACUCUGCAGGCACCGUUACCACCUUCUAUUUAUCUUCUGAAGGCCCAUCUCACGACGAAAUUGAUCUUGAGUUCCUAGGCAACAAAAGUGGUGCUCCUUACACUCUUCAUACCAAUGUGUUCAGCCAUGGACAAGGGGGCAGAGAGGAAGAAUUCCACCUCUGGUUCGAUCCGACAAAACAUUUUCAUGCAUAUUCCAUUGUAUGGAAUCCUCAAAACAUCAUAAUCCUGGUAGAUAACAUUCCCAUAAGAGCAUUUAGCAAUCAAGAAUCUAUUGGAGUUCCUUACCCCAACCACCAGCGCAUGAAGGUCUACGCGAGCCUGUGGGAUGCAGAUGAUUGGGCGACGAGAGGCGGGAGAGUGAAAACCGAUUGGUCCAAGGCUCCUUUCACUGCUUGCUACAGAAACUUCGUUGCUAGCAACGCAUGGGAAAUGCAAGGGCUCAGUGCUCGUGGCAGAAAACUACUGACUUGGGUGCAAAAACGUUACAGGAUUUACAAUUAUUGCAAUGAUUUGAAACGAAACCAGCGUCAUGGUCGCCCACCAGAGUGUAGUCAUGGUCCAUCCGAGACGAGAGAUAAUUAAUGUUGAGAGAUAUUAAAGUUAGCUGUAUCUACGGCUUUGAGUGGGAUAUGUUUAUCAACCUGUAUUUACAGUUUUAGUGACCGCUCUUUGUUAUUGUUGGAUCCCCAUGUCAAUCCUGUGAACCUCUUUG